GCUUAAAGCAGACGUAUGGUAUAUGUACGUAUGUAAGUAUGUGGCAUACGAUUAGCAGUUUUAUUCAACCAAAUGUGCGUGUGUACUGUGUCUGAAAAAUUUAAUAAAAAAAGCAUAUGCGUUAAGACUAUUCGUCAAUGAACUAAAAACAAACUCAAGUGGAGGAUGAACUUAUCUGCCCGUUGUACAGUUGGUCUUAGUGACAGUAUAUACGGCUUAUUACCCCUUAAUUGUGUUGUGAAUAGUGUGGAAAUAAUAAUAAUAUUGAGCACAACACAGUUUGCAUCGGAAGAGCAUAAAUUUGUUAGAGCUACAUAUUCUGUUUAAACAAGAACCAAAAUCCUUAAACUUGGGCGAUUGUUUGCGAUUUAAUUUGCAAGUGAAACUCUUAACACAAAAGCGGUGUCUGUCUACUAUCCCACAAUUAUCAUUACCACCGUCAUUCAUGAUCAUCCUAUGGACAAGAAUGUGUAUUAGUCGUUAGUAAAUUGUGCUAGUGAAGAAGGGAGGAAGACAUUGGCAGACAACCUGGUGAGGAAAAGUGAACCAGCUUUUAUGGCCGACAACGAUAUGUACAUACAAUAAUGGAACUCUCUGUUCUGCUAAAUAACUAAGACAGGACGACGAACGGAAAGGAACUGUACUUGUGGUGUUAAUAAUAAGGAUUUUUUGAUUUUUAACUUUAACUGUACAGUUGCAUAUGUAAAAUAGUGCAGUGAAAUAAUAACAAUAUACAUAAACAUAUGUGACCAAGAGUUAUAAUUUGUACAAUUGCAAAUUGUUUCACCAAAAUUCAAGUUCGAGUCAAGUCUGCAACGCUACUACAUAACAAAUUCAUUCGGCACAAGUGAUAAUAAAAAUCUUAAGUAAUAAACUGCAAGUGAAGAUCAUCAUCUCAAUAAUAAAUCAAGGAGAAAUCAUCCCUCACUAAUUAAUUUCUGAAACAAUAAUUGUAAUUUUGCAGUCAAAAUUUAUAAAUUAGUCAUUCCAAGAGUUUCAAUAUUAAGAAAGAACAUAUAAAACUAAAAUAAAAAAUAAAAACAUACAAAACUACAAUAAAUUGAAUUGUUUUGUUUUACACGUUCGAGGCCAAGUUUGGCUACACACAGAUUUGUCUUUUCCAUUGUUUAGGAUUGUGCAAUAGUCAUCAGAGAAUCUUGUGAAUAUAAUUAGGAAGGAAUUUGUCGUGAGGGAAGUCGCCCUCAGUGAAUUCAUCCCCUCCUCACUCGAAUCCAAGCCCUUGGAUUCUUCUUUUACGCAAAACAAGGAAGUUCUUCAAGUUAAAAUUUCCAAGCAAGGAUACCAAAAGCUAUUCUUGGGCGGAUUGAUUCGAUCAUCAAUAAAUAUCUACAAGCAUUACAUGCAACUUUCUGACUGAUGUGACGAUGAUUGAAAAUUGAGAAAAAGUGAACUUGUUGACUCGAGUUGUAAAUUGUUAAUUGCGUGCACUCCAUAUUGCAUGGGUUCUCAAGUGGUGUCUUGCUGCAAAUCUUUGAGAGUUACAAAUUGCAAAGGAGUUCCAUUCUCGUAUGAUAAAAAAAGUGCAAUGCAGAUGUGCAGUUACGAAUUAAUUUAAAUAAGUGACUCGAGAUUUUAAGAUUGAAGAUUACUGACAGGACUACAUAGAGGCUUUAUGAACUUCCAUAACAAGUCAAAAGAGAAUCGCAGAGCUGGAUUUGGAAAACGGGAGAAGGCUGGUUCUGCUGUCCUCCCUCAAAAGAAUGGUUCUGGGGGAUUUGGGGGACAGUAGCUCAGCGCCAUGCAGCAUCCCGCUCCACAACAACAACAACAACAACACCUUGAUACUGGGAAUGGAUAAAAAGCCACCGGCCCCCUUAUCCAAAGAAGAAAUGGACAUGUUACGUCAAAUUGAGGAGGCAAAUAGGUUAAUCGAGUCCGACUCCAAAUCAUUCAACUCACUUCAAGGUGCAAACAGCAACCACUCCCGAAAAAGUUCGGACACCAGCGAGCUCUCCUUAGAGCAAGGAUCGGACAAAGGAUCAUCGGAAGACACGGAGGAAGAUUUGUGGAUUACGUGGGGUAGGAUUGUCAAUGAGUGGGAUACGUUUUGGAAAAAGAAAAAUCCAUUUGUUCGGGAAUUGGUCAGAAGAGGGAUCCCUCAUCACUUUAGAGGAAUCGUAUGGCAGUUACUUUGUGGUGCUCACGACUCUUCAGACAAGGCAAAAUAUGCAGAUUACAUUAAAGCUACCUCAGCAUGUGAAAAGGUGAUUAGGAGAGAUAUUGCCCGCACGUAUCCUGAACAUGAGUUUUUUAAAGAGAAAGACGGUCUAGGUCAAGAGUCACUGUUCAACGUGAUGAAAGCAUAUUCACUCCACGAUCGUGAGGUUGGCUACUGUCAAGGAUCCGCCUUCAUAGUUGGUCUCUUGCUUAUGCAAAUGCCAGAAGAAGAAGCAUUUGCCGUGGUAGUGAAACUUAUGCAGGACUAUAGACUUCGAGAGAUGUUUAAGCCUAGCAUGGCCGAGUUGGGUCUGUGCAUGUACCAACUGGAAAUGAAUGUUCAGGAGCAACUGCCCGACCUUCAUGUCCAUUUCCAAUCUCAAGGAGUCCACACCAGUAUGUAUGCGUCAUCCUGGUUCCUCACAAUCUUCACGACAAGUCUUCCACUGGCAAUAUCAUCACGAAUUAUGGAUCAAUUUCUCAUGGAUGGAAUCGAGGUCGUUUUUCGUAUUGGGCUUGCUCUACUAACUAUUGCGAAGAAUGAACUCCUAUUUCUGGAUAUGGAAGGCGUUCUUAGAAAUUUAUCAAAAGAACUUCCAUUGAGAAUAGAGGCUGAUCCCGAACUCCUUUUUAAUGCCACAUCCCAAAUAAAGUAUAAUGCGAAGAGGAUGAAAAAGCUUGAGAAAGACUAUGCAGCGAUGAAGACGAAAGAACAGGAAGAAAUGGUGGAAUUGAGGCGUCUGAGAACUGAAAACAAAUUAUUGAAACAACGAAUUGAGAUACUGGAAACGGAAUCAUCAGAACUGGCAAAUAAGUUAAUACAGGGUCAAGUUGGCAGGGCGGAAGAGGUGGAGACGACAUUCACACUGAAGCGAGAGUUGGCUUCAGUUCGUCAACAAUACAUGGAGACAAUGAAGCAGUUGGAGAAUGUAGCUCAACAAUAUCAGCAUCUACUGCUCGUGUUGGAUGAAACAAACUCUACAAAGCAGACCUCAAUGGAUGAAAUCUCGUUAAAAUCUGAACUCUUAAAGCAAAAGGAGGAUCUUAUCCAUUGUUUGCAGAAUGAAUUGGUCGAAGUGCGCUUGCAAGAGGCCGAAAAUUCUGUCAUAUUGUCCGAUUUACGCUGUAGAAUUCAAGAGCAGGAGGAGGACAAAAAGAAACUUCGGGAGUCUGUGGUUGAUAAUUCUGUAGCUCACUUACAAGAAGAACUCAUUGCAGUAAAGUUAAGAGAAGCUGAAGCCUCAUUAUCGUUGAAAGACUUGAGAGGGAAAGUGGCUGAUCUUACUUCACAAUGGCAGCGUCACUUACAGGAUCAUGAUGAAAGCUCGACUGAGAAGAAGUCAAAUGCCACACCCCUCGGAAACCUUUUCAAUUCGUCCAAAGUUGAGGUUCAACGAUUAGAAGAGGAAGUAAUGACUCUAAAAUUAAGGGAAAUGCAAUCCAUCAUAGAACUUAAGGAACAGAGACUGAAAAUUAUGGAACUAGAAACUCAAGUGCAAGUGACAUCAAAUCAACUGAAACGACAAGAAGAUGAUAGUAAACGUAUCAGAGAGGAUUUGGACUCGUCAUGGGCGCAAGAUAAAGAUAUGCAAUCUAAACUCAAAGAUGAAAGACGAAGAUAUUCUGAUUUGGAAUCCAAGUUGAAAGAAGAAUCAGUUCAUGCCAGAAUUAAGGAUGCCGAAAAGAGUCAGCGAAUAUUUGAUCUCUCGCAAAUUAUCUCGGCCUUGAAGUUAAAAAACCAAGAACUCCUUGCGGAGAAGGAGCUGAUGCGUGACCGAACGAGAGUCUCUUCACGAACCAGUGAAAGCAAGUCGGAUGGGGAUAAGUCUGACUCGGAAUCAGAUACUCAUGAACAACGCCAGCACCACCACCGCCGAGGUGAUAAGGACCGAUUGAAGGAGUUGCAAAGCUGUAUUUCCACUCUGAAUACACAAAUGAACAAUUUCAACGAUCCACCCUCAACGCCACUGGAGGACCUCACCUUUAAACCUCCUCUUACAAAGACGGAAUCAGUGGAUGGUCUUAAAUUAAAUUUAACCAAUGGUCAUUCCCAAUUGGCGUCUUCCUUAUCAAACGGGGCGGAAUAAAAUAACGGGUAUUUUAAAGUUACCGAAUGAGUCAAAGUCAGACAUAACAUGAAGAACGGUGAAGAAUUUUACAUCUGUGAUCCUAAUGAGUGCUGCAAGACUAAACUACAUAAUAAUAAAAAUAGUAAUAAUGAAUUUACAAGUACGCAUAAUAUUUAGUAUAUAAAUGAUAAUUCGUAUACACGGCAUGUACACGGAUAAAAUUGAUCACUCGCACAAUUUACAAGGUAAAAGUUUUAUAUGCUGCUUUUCUCUUUAAGCGUGAAUGACCGUACCAAAAAAUAACCAAACCUCCAAGUAUUCAAAUUAUUACAACGCUCAAACCUCACUGUUUUAGUAAUUUUUCUGAUUGAACGUCAAAUCUAAUUGUCUAAUCAAGAGGUAAUAAGUAAUAGGUACUACAUGUUAUAGGUCUGUUGAUGGUUGCUAAAUACGUUGUGUGCUUUUUAUACCAACAAAAAAUAUAAAGUUAUAACAUACCAAAAAUACUAAGGAUGUUGAGGGUAGAAAAUGUGUACAUGCAUGCAAUGCACGUUCAUUAGUUUUAUGAUGUCGGGCUUUAAUUAAAUCUAAACUGUGUCAUUCUAGUUGUUCUGCAGUAAAACAUAAUAAUUAGUUUGUUAUAAAAUAGUGCAGCGAAGCGACCCAAUUUAUCUGUACCAAUUUAGCAAUACACUUAUAAUCUCAUAUAUUUAAUUCUUCAUGAAACGAUAAUAUUUACAUAUUAAUUGACCUGUCUCGCAGAAAAAGUUUAUCAAGCCUACAUUAUUGUUACAUUAUCCUCAUACACUAAGACCUAUGUGCAAUUCAUUGUCGCAGCUAAAUAUCAAUAUGUCCAAAUAUUAUUAAUUUGUCUAUGCAUUGGUAGAGUUAUAUAUGCUCGCUGCAAUAAAAAGUCUGGGUGCUUUAGAUUUGCUGUGGUCUGAUAAGUCAAAACGAAACACCACAACAAAGUUAGAGCCUCUUUAACCAGCCUAAUUAGAGUGAUAUUCUCAUGAACCAGAUUUUUUAGACCAAUGUAAACGAUCGUUAGUUGCAAUUUCAGUAUUUCAAUUUCGAAACUCAAAAUUUAAGACGUGGCAACUUGAUUUCGACAAUGAAAAUGGUUGUGUACCAGGAACCAAGAUUGAUAAAAUAGUUAGAAAAGGUUUCCAUUGAAAUGCGGAAC